AUGGAACGUGUGCUCCCGAGAAGAAACCGGGCAGUGAACCCCCUUCUUCGCGCCUACGCGCUCGGGUACCUGUCAUCGGUGACUCCGAGGUUGGUAUCGUAUGUUCGCCGUCUGGCCAGGCAAGAUUGGACUGCACAGCAGAAACUUCAAGAGCUAGUUCAAGUUUUGACUGGUCCACUGCGUGUGAACAGUUUCCCAACAUUUUGUGCGGCCUUGGCAGGCGGCUCAACUUUGCUACCGAUAGGAUUGUAUCGCCUAUGUGCGUUGAUCCCUGUAGGACUUGCCAGAGGUGAUGUUCAAAUUUCUAAAAAGCUCGAUCGCUUGAUUCGAUUUGCUGCAGCCUUUCUAUCGGGAUGGUUCAGUUUCCAACUUAUCAACAGAAACCGCAUUUGUCUUCGGACAGAGGCUGUCAGGUUUCAGCGGGAGUCGACUGAACGGGAAUCUACAGACCAGGAACAUGACUCCAGUGAAGCUGGGGCCAAUCCGCUUGAGCAUCACCGCCCAGAGCUCGCGGGGAGGACAAUGGACCUUACCAUCUUUUCAGUUACAAGAGCCGUGGAUGUCAUCGCAUGUGUUGCAUGGAAUCACUGGUCCCGCCACCGCAAGGCCCAGAACCGGUGGACUGUUGUCGAAACCUUUGUCCCUGGGUUAGCGGAUGCAGGAGUAUUUGCCACGAGUGCAGCCAUCGUCAUGUGGGCCUGGUUUUACCUCCCAGAGAGACUGCCCAGGACAUAUGAGAAAUGGAUCGGGGAAGCCGCUCAGGUGGACUCGCGCUUAAUCGAGGCUCUACGCCGUGCUCGACGAGGUGUCUUUGUAUAUGGAAAGGAUACAGGUCAAGCACCUCUCCUCAAGCCUAUGUGCAAUGACUAUGACUGGCCAGAGGCUUGGGGAGACCCAGCCAAGACAGUUCCAAUCCCCUGCGAAAUGGUCCACAUGGGCUGCGGCCCUAGUUGUGAGAAACAUGCUUUGUACCGCUUUGCCAGAACCUUUAAGUUCGCCUGCGCAACCUAUAUCCCGCUCCAGAUUGUCUUCCGUCUACGGGGGAUGAAGUCUGCUGCUGCUCUCCGACGGGCUAUUUUUGAUGCUGCCCGAUCUUCCACCUUCCUAGCCUCAUUUGUGACCCUCUUCUACUACUCUGUCUGUCUUGCUCGGACACGACUCGGUCCCAAGAUAUUCGAUCCGAAGACCGUCACCCCAUUGAUGUGGGACUCCGGCCUUUGUGUGGGAGCGGGAUGUCUCAUGUGUGGCUGGAGUGCAUUGGUCGAGAAGGCGCGGAAGAGACAAGAGUUGGCACUAUUUGUGGCACCCCGGGCAGCCGCCACGGUCUUGCCACGGUUGUAUGAUAAAAAAUAUCAAUACCGAGAGCGCUUUGCAUUUGCUGUCAGCGCUGCCAUUCUCAUCACUUGCCUUCGAGAGCGGCCCAGCAUGGUUCGAGGAGUCUUUGGCCGCAUCACUAAUAGCCGAUCAAUUUACCUCCGAAAGAAUGUUUUUAACUUGGAGCGGAGGUACUUCUCGAGGAAUUCCGUGCUCCAAGCAAAGCACCAAGGAUCAUCCGCACCUUUUAAUACCCCGGAAUCGCAAAAGCGCAAUACCUCUACAUUGUACUAUACUGUCAGUCUCAUCCUCGGAACCGUUGCACUGGCAUAUGGAUCCGUCCCUCUUUACAAAAUGAUCUGUCAACAAACCGGCUGGGGCGGCCAACCCAUCCUCACCCACCGCAACGGCGACGGCGAUACCGCAGGGCGCGUAACACCAGUGACAGACUCCCGCCGUCUCCGAAUCACAUUCAACGGAUCCGUAUCUGACGUUCUCCCCUGGAAGUUCACACCACAGCAGCGCGAGGUCCGCGUGCUGCCGGGCGAGACAGCUCUGGCAUUCUAUACGGCAACGAAUAAGGGCCCGAAUGAUAUCAUUGGAGUUGCAACGUACAGUGUCACGCCGGGGCAAGUUGCGCCGUAUUUCAGUAAGAUCCAGUGUUUCUGCUUUGAGGAGCAGAAGCUCAAUGCGGGCGAGUCGGUUGAUAUGCCGGUGUUCUUCUUCAUUGAUCCUGACUUUGCGACGGAUCCUAAUAUGAAGGGAAUUGAUACUAUUACCCUGUCAUAUACUUUCUUCAAAGCCAAGUAUGAUGACAAUGGUGUUCUCAAGCCCAUUGCUUCAUGA